GGGCUUGCCUUCGCUCGUGGCUGCAGUGGUUGAUAGCUGUGCCUUGCACCGAGAGAGAGUGAGAGUGAGAGAGAGAGAGAGAGCAAGCAUCGAUCUGCUCUGCGUGGGUGUCUGUUCUCUCUGACACAGAUGCGAUUAGCUGAAGCAGCCUGCGAUGGAACACUGACGGCAAAGGAAUUGUGAGCGCCAGGUCCGAAUGACGCACGGCGGGAUCCGAGUUGCAGCAUUUGGCAGGGAGGUCUGAUCAGCUGUUGGAUCAUUUUGGAGGAGAGAGGAUGGACAGAGCAGACAUCGUGCUGAGAGCUUCUCUGUUAAUGUUUCUCUCUGGAGUUUGCCAAGUACAGACAGCAGGAGGAUGCGGACAGUUUGUAUCGUGUGAGCGGUGUCUCACUAGCAAUGCUUCGCUCAAUUUAGCCGACUGUGCAUGGGCGCAGUGUCGGUCAGAUGAUGCCUUGUGUGUCUCAAAGAGUUCUGGCAACCUGACCGGCUGCUCUGUGUUUGAUGUACCUUCAAUGUGCGCAGCUCUGCAUCUCACCACUGUUGAUCGUGUUCCUGUCUCCAACACCACUCUCACUACCACCACCUCCACAGCAGCGACUGUUACCACCACUGCUAAGGAAAUGCCCUCCACUACUGCAGGAAGCACCACUCCGGUCCCCACGACAGGCCCCGUGUACUCGCCCACCACCUUCGACCCAGCCAGCUUCAUUGGAGGGAUCUUGUUGGUCCUGGGGGCGGAGGCGCUGGUCUUCUUCGCCCUCAAGUACUUCAGAACGCGAGAGGGGACCUACCAAACUCUGAUAUGAUCACAAAGGAUGGAGGAAACAAGCUGGAAGUGGCCAAAAUCUCUGCACAUGGGUUUUCCAACAAGCGCCUUGUUUAAAUGAAAGUUUUCUUCAAUGAAGUUGUUGUAUUUAUAUAUUUGGAUGUGAUAUUUUUAAGGGUCCAUUUGACCCUCAGAAUUUAUUGGCUUUUUUUACAUAAAAAAGGCAGAACCAAAUUCUUAAUUGAUUUGUAUUAUAUUCCCAUUGAGGAUAUAAUCUUCCUGGAACACAAAUGAUGCACAGUAACAUUCUGUCUCUUGACCGCAGAAAUAUUAUUUGAAAUUUUUUUGAAAGGCUUUACAACUUUUUAACGAAACCGAAAACCUUCCAUCAAUGCUUUUCGGAUCAGCAACUUUUCCGCUUUUAAAAGAAACAAAAAGUUUUCAGUAGAAUUGAGUGAGUUAGUUUUAACAAAUAUCUUGAAUUGUGAUUUUUGUUUUCAUAUUUCACGUCACUGAUUUAUCAAUUUCCAAAACAUUGCACGGCAAAGUGAAAAGAAGAAAAAGGGGGGAGAUGAGGGGGUGAAAUAUUUUGCUGUUUAAUACAGAGUGGAAGAGUGCUCUUUGUUUUAAUUGCAAUAUUCGAGAGGCAGAGGAAAUGAUGUUACUUGAGUAUUGUGCUGGUGGGAGCCUCAUUGAUUCAAGAGUGCUUGCAAUGCAUUUGAGAUGAUGGCAUAUCCCCCCCCCCACCCGCUCUGCUUAUCUUUGCUCCUACUCUGGUUGAUCUUGUCUUUGUUUUUAAAAAAAGAAGUGUUUUUAACAAUUUUUUAAAAAAUUACAGCUGACUUUCCAACUUUUAUUUUGCUAAAAUACUCUUCAAACUUACAAUAUUUCCCCGAAAUCUGCAUUAAUCUUCUGGUUAGAUACAUGUAUAGGUCUCUGUAAUGGAGCAAAUGGAUGCACAGGGGUACGUGCUAACACCGUUAAGUAACUCGCAGGGAGAUGCAAAUAAUAAUCCUUGUCAUCGAGGCGUCU